AUGGCGUUUCUUAGCCAACUAUCAGGUCAUCUGCAAACGUUAAAAGAAAAAACGGCGACGAUGGCCGAAGGUGCUCCGGCAAUUGGUGCACAUUUACAAUCUUUGAAGGAUAGUGCACCAAAACUUGUCGAGAGUGCUUUGAACGCUAAAAAUGGACUUCUUAACAGAGUGAAACUCGAUUCACUCGGUAAAGUGCUGCACGUGUCUGGUUUGGGCCGUUACCAGUCACCAAUCGAUAUUGUGCCAGUUAUAACGGCUUUCGGAGAGCAUCUACAGAAUGCGGAAUUUAGAGCCGAAUACCACAACACAGGCGAUUUUCGUGCGACAAACACCGGCAACGCUGUAUGGUUGCUGCGUGAAGGUAACGAAUCUGAGUUGGCGAUGUCGUUCCUUCCAGAAGAACAAUACCAUCUGGAUGCGAUCACAUGGCAUUGGGGUACGGAACCAAUGAACGGUUCGGAACACACGAUAGGAGGUGUUGGCUAUGCUGGUGAACUUCAUCUUAUUCAUCGUAAUACUCGCUUUCCCACUAUGGAUUUGGCAUUAAAACAACCAAAUGGAGCUUUGACUAUUGCAAUUUUCUUGAACGAGUCGCACGACGAAAAUACUGCAAUUACUCCGUUCAUAGAAUUGUUGCCGAAUAUCACUUACAAAGGCAAUGAGGUCCGUAUUGGUCAUUUCAAUAUCGCAGGACUUUUCCCAUCGCAAGAAAAGACCAAGGAAUUCUGGAUGUACGAAGGAUCAGAGACUGUGGAACCAUACCGUGAGACCGUGCACUGGCUGGUGUUCCGUUCGGCAUUGCCAAUCAGCUCAGUUCAGCUGGACCGUUUGCGUGAAAUUCGUGCUGGCGGCUACGACGAGGAACGUGAGACACCAAUGCUGCCAAUACGGGCGCCACAGGCGCCGAACUCACGUACUGUGACGAUAUCAAAUACCAUCAACGGCGUGGACGUGAUGGUGUUCUAUGGAAACAUCGAAACAUCCAUACAAAAACAAUGUGCAAACUAUUCAAUAAAGUGA